AUGCUUACACGAGUCACUGCGCCACGUACUGGCAUCAACUUGAGCCUCGCCCGCGUUCGGGCAACGCAAGCCGCGGUCUCGACCACUCCGCGUGGGUUCGCAAGCUCGGCCAGCGCGCUCGCCAAGGAGCGCCUGCUCGUGCUGGGCAGCGGCUGGAGUGGAUACAACGUUGCUCGUAAGGUUGACAAGAACCUGUACGAUGUGACUGUCGUGUCGCCCAACUCAUACUUCUCCUUCACCCCCUUCCUUGCAUCCACUUGCGUCGGUACACUCGAGUUCCGCUGCGCGACUGAGCCGGUCCGCAACAUCAAGCAUGUCACAUUCUGUCAGGGUUGGGCCGAUAACGUCGACUUUGCGAACAAGGUCGUCCGUGUCGGCCCCUCCCUCCCGCCACUGCGCGACCCGACGGUCGACUCCCCAGUCAACGUUCCCCAGCACUACAGCGCAGAGAUUGAGGCAGCCUACACUCCCUCGGACGCCUACGAUGUCCCUUACGACAAGCUUGUGAUCGCCACCGGAUGUCGCAGCGCGUGGUUUGGUACUCCUGGCGUUCGCGAACACGCCCACUUUCUCAAGGACGUGCGUGAAGCCCGCGCCAUCCGCCUUCGUCUUCUGGAGUGCCUGGAGCUCGCCAGUGAGCCCGAUGCGACCCCCGAAGAGGUCGCAAAGCUCCUGUCCUUCCGUGUUGUCGGCGGUGGUCCUACCGGUGUCGAGUUUGCCGCCGAGCUGCACGAUUUCGUGCACUCGGACGUCUACCGUCUCUACCCGCACCUCAAGGACAAGGUCACCAUCACCCUCUACGACGUCGCCCCGGGAAUCCUCAUGAGCUUUGACUCGAGCCUCCGCGAGUAUGCUGAGCGCAAGUUCUCUCGUGUGGGUGUCAAGGUGCAGGGCAACACCAAGAUCGUGGGUGUGGGCAAGGACUGGCUGGAAUUCGACUCGGGCGAGAAGGAACCAUAUGGCCUCCUCGUUUGGAACACUGGUCUGCAGGUGAACGAGUUUGUGCACCAGAUUGAGGGAGUGAGCAAAGACGUAAAGGCGAUCAAGGUCGGCCCUCAGCUUCAAGUCCUCGAUGGAGACGGCAAGCACAUUCCUGGCGUCUUUGCGAUUGGCGAUAAUGCCACCCCAGCGGACGGUACCAGGCUCCCACAAACGGCUCAAGUCGCGUCCCAAAUGGCAGGGUACAUGGCCUCGACGCUCGGCGCCGUCGCCAAGGGCAAGUCGCUCGAGUCUCAGGCUGCCUUUGAGUGGAAGAACCGUGGUAGCAUGGUGUUCAUCGGCAACUAUAACAGUAUAGAAGGUCCUCGCGCGCGUAUCGCCGGCAUGGCCGCGUGGCUCGUCUGGCGCUCAUACUACAUGACCCUCGCCAUGGGGUGGCGUAACCGUAUCCUGAUUCCAGUUUACUGGGCGCUCGCAUUCUUCUUCGGUCGCGACAUCACCAGCUUCUAA